CCCCGAGUUGCCGGACCAACAGGGUCAAGUCUCACGACACACUCCGCACUCUCUCGAUGGCGAACUCAUCUCCCAGCUCCGGCUCCAGCAAGGCCUCCAAAGCUUUCAAGGUCCGUCUAGUUAACGCGGAGCCCAUCCACCGGCGCACCAAGACCGGCUGCCUAACUUGCAGAUUACGCAAGGUCAAGUGCGACGAAGUGCAUCCCAUCUGCUCACGAUGUCAGAAGGUCGGCCGCGUGUGUACAUACCCGGCGCCAGAGGACCAGCGCCCAAAACCUUCGAGGAUACAAAAGCCCGGGGCUUCCCGAAAACCGUCUUUUUCGGCUUCAGGGAAUAGCCAAGAGACAGUGUGUAGUGUAGGGAUGGAUAGCAAUGCGCAGGUCCCCGCGUCCCAAGCCCCACCGUAUGCAUAUUGGAUGAGCAUCCCGUCACGUGCAACACUUCUGCCUAUCGUCGUGCCUCCUGCGAUCCCUCCGCCUCCGCCGCCGCUACCGAACCCCUCCGUUGAGCACGGCAGCCAGCCACGGCAAGAAUACAGUCAGCUCCACAUCGACCCUCUCCUGGACCUCUCCAAGGCAGAUUCGGACGCACUGGGACCGAAAGUGCUGGCGAAGCUGCCAGACUUCAUCGAUGCUUAUGCGGAUAUCUCGAAGGCGGUCGAUGAGUCCGGCCCGAUGGCUGGAGACGCGCUGGCAAGGAUACUACUCGAGGGACCGCUAGAGCGCGCUAUACGACGGCAGGUACGGUUGACGAGCGGUGGAGAUAAUGUCAUAUAAAACAAGAUAUCCUUCGACUCACAGGCCCUAAACAUCGGAGACCGAUUAUUCUCGACGAUAGAUCUAGGCUAUAGGGGGAGCACAGCGUUGCUUCGAUGGCGAUGAGGCUGCGCUCUCGUGGGGAUGAGGCUGGGGAGGUUCGGGGUUUUGGGACUUGGCGAUGCAAGGUGAUACCUGACCGCGAAUGUCCAACCGGUUACCGGAGUUGUGAAUGAUAUAUAUGGGCUCCUUCCUCUUCGUUACUGUGAGGCUUGAGCAGUUUUAUAAGUGAGGUACGACCACAUAGCAAGCGUAUAUUUACUAUUACCUACUAGAUGUAACUACCUGGAUGGGUAGAGUGGCGACGUAUGUAAUCUGUGAAAUCCCAA